AUGAAUAAAUCAUCAGUUGCUUCAGAGCAAAAAUCAUCACAACAACCUCAAAAUUCCUCAGAUCAAGAAAUUAGCAAGGAUCAUCAAUUACAUCAACAACCCUCAUUUAUACCUCCAAAACGUAUUAAAUCAUCUACAAAUACUAAUAAAAACGAACAAUCUGCUCCUAAAAUAUUAACAAAUAAUAUAACUUCAACUCAAGGUCAAAGACCUGCAAUUAAUCCAUUAAAUUUAACAAAUUCAUCUUCAACAUCAAAUACAAAUACAAAUAUUCCACAAAAUAUACCUGUUAGAAAUCAAAGUGUUUCAUUUAAUGAUUCAGAUCAAGAAAGAUUAAGAAGAUUUACAAUUUCUGCUCAACCAUCCUCUGCGAAUAUUAAUGAACAAAAUAAAGAAAAUAAUAUUGAAGAACCACAUUUAUCUACUUCUAAUGUACCAUCAAGACAAUCAUCAGUAAAGAAAAGAAUUCAAUCUCCAUCAUCAAAUUUUGAUACAUUAAAUUUUAUAGCUCAAAAAUCAAAUUUUCAGUCUCCACCACCAUCUCAAUUUCAUAAAGAUUCCUCACAUUCUCCAAUUUCAUCAGAUGGUAUAAGAAAAGGUUUUAGUUUUGAUUCAAUAAAUAAUGAAGCUACUAUUGAUGCUGCUGCUUCACAGAGAAUUACUAGUCCUAGUCCACCACCAUUUAGUAAAGUUUCAGGUACAACAUCAACAACUACAUCUCCACAACAACAACCACAUAAUAUACAACCUAUUAAAAUUACAGGUACAAAUUCAAAUAGUUCAUCACGUAGAAGUUCAAUUAAAAAAUCAAAUAAAACAAUUGUUGCAUCACCAGUUGGUCCACCAGUUCCAUUUCAGCAAUAUUUAUCAAAAGAAGAUGAUGGAAAAUUUCAUAUUUUAUUAGCAUGUACUGGAUCUGUUGCAACUAUAAAAGUUCCAUUAAUUAUUGAUAAAUUAUUUCAAAUUUUUGGUACAAAUAAAAUUUCAAUUCAAUUAGUAGUUACAAAAUGUGCUAGUCAUUUUUUAAGAGGUUCAAAAUUACAUAAUGAUGUUAAGAUUUGGAGAGAUGAAGAUGAAUGGGCAAAUUAUAACGAAAAUAAUAAAAUUAUGACAACAACAACUACAACAACUACAACAACAACUACAACUAAUAAUAAUAAUCUAACUGUUAAUAAAAAACCGAAAAAUCCUUACGAUAAUUUAAUUUUACAUAAUGAAUUAAGAAAAUGGGCUGAUAUAAUGUUAAUUGCUCCAUUAUCUGCAAAUACUUUAGCUAAAAUUUCAAAUGGAAUUGCUGAUAAUUUAUUAACUUCAAUCAUAAGAUCUUGGGCACCACCAUCAACUGUUAAUACUCAACAAAUUAAAAAACCAAUAAUGGUUGCACCUGCAAUGAAUACUUUUAUGUAUACUCAUCCAAUUACAGCAAAACAAUUAAAAAUAAUUGGUAGUCCUGAUUUUGGAUUUGAAAUUUUAAAACCAGUUGAGAAAGUAUUAGUUUGUGGUGAUAUCGGUAUGGGUGGUAUGAGAGAAUGGACUGAUAUUGUUGAUAUUUUAAGAAGAAAAAUAAUUGCAUUAAAAGCAGAACAAAAAAGAUUAGAUGAUGAAAAUGAAGAUAUAAAUGAAGAAGAAGAAGAUGACGAUGAGGAGAAAGAUGAAGAAAAUGAUGAUGAUGAUGAAGAUGAAGAUGAAGAUGAAGAUGAAGAUGAAGAUGACGAUGAUGAUGAUGAUGAUGAUGAUGAUGAUGAUGACUACGAUAAUGAUGAUGAUAAUACUGAUGAAAUUAAACAAGAUGAACAAAAUUUUGAAAAAGAUCCACAAGAUGGAAAUACCAAUAAUAAUGAUGAUAAUGAAGAAAUGAUUUUUGAAAUAACUGAUCAAGAACAAAGUGAAAUAGAUGAAGGUAAUAAUAAAGAUCGUUCAUUAUCACCACAAGUAUCACAUCGUCAACAAAAAAUUACAAUACCUAAAGAAACUCAGAAUAUUAUUUGA